AUGGGCCGAGCGGCUCACCAAUACUCCACGACCAAGGUGACACUCCUACAGACAGCUCUGGACUGUUUCAUCACCUGCAGUGCCGUCUUUCCUGCCCUCAUUCCUACCGAAGAAGACGACGCAGACGGCCCUGAAAACAAGACACCUCCAUCCCAUGUAAAAUCCACCUCCGCAAUCAACGAGCCCGCUCAUUCUUCCUCCAUCAGCAGCUUCGUCACCGUCAUUCGAGACAUCAUCGACAAGAACAUUGACUCUUUGGCAGACGACCCCUUCGUUUCGGACCAUGAGCUGGACAGCAAGCAUGAAUCGGUCUCACCGUACCAGUUUGGCAAGACCCUUUUAAUGCCGCCUCCCUUGAAAGUUCGCAAGUCACAGGAGGAGUUGAACUCACUGAACCUGUCCUCGAGUCUGAACCCGAGCCAGAUCCACAGCGACACCAAACAAGCCUCUACUAAAUCGAUAACCCAUCAAUCUGGACGAGCUCGCAGACCUCCACCCCUUCCUAUCAGAAUCAAACCCGCCGAAACCUCACACACUGACAACCCCGUUAAAAUACUGCAUGCGCCAAUCCCUCGAGAUACUCAACCUGCACCUCUCAUCGUUUCACUCAUCCCGGUAACUCCAACCCGCGGAGCUGCUAUCCGGAGGUAUAACAGCCAUCUUCGAUUCCUUCGCGUGCAAAUAACAAACAGCAUCGCCUCGCUGCGGACCCUGGUCGACGAAGUCACGGAUCUGCAGGAGUCGCGUCGCGCGGCUAAGAACUUCCGUCGAUCGAGCUCCUUCUGGACGUUCAGCCCUGUUAAGAGUCCUGGGCGAGCAGCAGAAAAGAAAGGGAAGUCUGUGUCUGAGGGGGUGGACAGACGGUCGAGCAUGGAGACCAAGGAACAGAGGAUCAUAAGGUUGAGGGCUGAUGGGUGGAAGACUGUGGGGUUGAGGUCGGGGACGAGUCGCUGGAAAGGUUCGGAGUACUAUAGGCGGUACUGUGGAGAUGUGUUGGAUGAGUUGUAUCUGGAAGCUUGA